AUGGAGAAAUACCUGGAAGCCCACUUUCGACUAUUUAACCAGCGUGAACUCGAGCUGCUCCGGACGAUCGACGUGUUUGACGAGAUGAUUGAUCUGCAGCGCAUCUUCCUCCGACAGGUUGGAGUGGAUAUUAUUCUGAUGGAAAAAUUUCGUUGGAAUUUUCGAACCUAUCUCUGUCUGCUGUGCCUCGCCUUAUUCUCUCUAUCCAUCGUGUACACGUCGUAUGUUCACUGGACUGAUUGGUAUGCGGUCAUGGAUUCACUUUCAAUCAGCGGUAUCGGUUUCCAGGGCAUGAUCAAGUUGUACGCUGGGCUUGCGAAAACAUCGUACUUUCAAGAGAAAUACCUCAACAUCAGAGCACUGCAUCAACGAUCUACGGAAAAUCCACGGGACAACCUGUCGAUGGUGAAAUGUGCUUUGAUUGUUUUAUACGUGUUUCGGUUCUUUUUCGUGACCUAUUUCGUAGCAGGAUCGGCAUUUUUUGUGCUACCCAUUUAUAUGUUGGUUAUAAAACAGGAAAAAACGUUGAUCCUUCCCUUGGAAUUACCCUUUGUUGAGACGUUUUCGGAUGCUGGGUAUGUGAUAAUUAUGGUUUAUCACGCGGUGAUGGUGAUUAUUGCUAUAGCGGGAAUACUAGCUGCCGACAUGGGAAUCAUGAUUUACGUACUUCACAUUGUUGGAAUUGUCGAUGUGUUUGUCAACAACCUAGAUGAAUUGGAUGAAAUGCUGGUGCAGCCUGAUACAAGCGAGAGAGCGAAACAGCAAAAAUUUACUGAAAUUUGUAUAAUGCACAGGGAAAUUAUAAGGUAUGAGGAAGAUUUGGACGAAUGCUAUUACUAUACUGUUUUCGUCCAGGUCAUAACGUCGGUUUCGUGCCUUAGCCUGACGCUCUUUGUGGUCUAUAUGACUAGGAACUGGAUUCGAGGAAUGUUUAUAUUAGCAACCUUUUUCCAGUUGUUGGAAUUUUGCUUACUGGGCACGGCUCUCAGAGUGAAGAAUGAUCAUGCAAUAGAUGCCAUUUACAACUGCAAGUGGCAUUUAUUGUCGACGUCUGAUAAACGAAGGUUGGCAAUAAUGUUGCAUCGGGCUCAGAAUCCCGUAGAGAUGACAAUCGGAGGCUUGGCUUUGUUAAACAUGGAAACAUUUGUUGAGAUUAUAAAAACCAUCUAUUCAUACUUUGCAAUGAUGAUCAGCUUCUUGGAAUGA